AUGUAUAACGAUACCAGCAAUAAGUACGAGCUACCAGAAGUAGUCAAUUUAGAUACUGCAUCUUGUAGUAAUGCACAAGGCUUUAUUUUUCCAUCGAAGCUUUCAUCUUCAUACCUUUGCAAUGAUAGUCAACUCCAACGACCCCAACCCACAACAUGCAUACUAUUAGAGGAUGCAAGUAUCUCAAGUAGUGAUAGUAGUGAGUUGACCGAAAAAAAUGUACAAGUUAGUAAUGAGAACAGUGAAUCGAAUUUGAAAAGGUACUUGCAAGAAACCAGCGAAGUACGACUCAUUAUCAAAGGAGAGAAAGACAGAAUAUUAUCAAAAAUCUCAGUAGCAGACAAAUUAACUAAUUUUGUUAUAACAACUUCUCGGUUUCAAAAAUUAGCAGGAGACAUUGUUAAAAUAUUUAAAGGAGAGUCUUGUUACACAUAUUAUACGCCGUUUACAUGUAAGAAUGGUGUUCGUAUACAGGCAAGUGGUAAGUUCUGGGAACAUUAUAAUUAUAUAAAAGGAGAUUUGAGAAAACAAGGAAUACUCCUUCAGCGAUCAAUUUCCAAAUCCAUACAAGAGACAUAUGCACAGACUGAAAUAGAUGAAGACAAACUGCAAUGGUUAUUCCACCACACAGAACCGUGGGAGCAAGUGUGUGAAUAUUGGAAUAAUACAUAUAGGGCUAGGAACAAGUUAUUAAUGCAAGACAAACUAAAUGUACUUGAAUAUUUUAAUAAGUUUCCUUGUCUUCAAUUAAGCAAAGGACAACAUCUGCUCGUAGAAGACUUUAACAGACAGUAUCCCGAAAAAGAAUCGAUAUUUCCUAAAAGGUGGAAUAUUAUUAAAAAAGUUAUUAUUGACCAACUACAGCAAUUGAAUAAACGCCUCAGUGUUUCAGAUACAGCUCUUAUAUCUAUUUUACCAGCAAUAUCUUCUGAUAAACAAGAUGCGGUAAUUUUUUAUUUACUUCCAAUUCUUAUCGAAUCUCGUAGAGCAGGAGGUUAUAAAAGGAAAAGAAAUACGAACUGUGAGCAGGAUAGUGAAAACAGCAUCAGAAAGUUAACGUUACAAGAAUGUAGAGAUGCGUUUAUGUUACAUGUGCAGACUGUUGCUGAUUUGGAUCGUGCUUUAUAUGAUUUGAAGAGAAGACUGCAAAGAAACAAAGAUACUUUUCAACCGACACCUCUUAUAGUUGGACCUUUAGUAAACAUCGAAUCAUCAUACGUGAUUGUAAACGACCAAAAGUUUAAGGAAGACGAAUGUUGGCAGCUUGUUAUUCUUUUAAAGCAAAUAAUCGACAUUACAACUAGUUCAAGAGUUCAUUGUGAAACGUAUCAUUUAUUAGACACUAUUAUUAAUGAAUAUUUAACUUUAUUAAAUAACCAAUUCCCAGGCAAGAUAAAACCGAAACAUCACUUUUUAAUUCAUUAUGCUCGAAUAAUGAAGCUUGUCGGUGUAUUAUGGAAAACUAAUUGUAUGCGAUACGAAGGUAAACAUAAAGAAGGAAACAAAACAUCCCAAGCUACAAAUAGUCGAGCAAAUAUUUCAAGAACAAUAGCUAUAAAACACCAACUGCUUUUAAACUACAGGUUGCAAUAUAAUAUUUCAUCCUGCCAUUUGUUAACUCUUGGACCAGUUGCCCAAAAGAAUGUACGCAAAAUACCUUUUGUUAAUAAUUGUAUUACACCUUUUCAAGUAGAAUUUAACAUAUUAAUUGCUAAGUGGAUAUGUUACAACAAUAAUAUUAUUAACAAAAGAGCCAUUAUCGUUACAUUCAACGAAGAAGGAGUAGAUUUUUAUUUUGUGCAUACUAUUAUUAUUAAUAAAGAACAAAAUGACUUUGUUAUUUUAACUAAAAGAAUGUUACAGUGCUAUCUAGAUGAACAUGUACAAUCCUACAAAAUUUAUGAUAAUACUUGUUUUGAGUGGAUUUAUUUAACUAAGAAGAAUUUAUUUAAUUCUGUUGUAACACAUUGCGUUAGGCUUAGUGAAAGCGAAAUUUAUAUUGUUAAAAAAUGGUUUUAAAGAAAUACCAAAUAAAUGAAAUUAUCAUUGAAAA